AUGGAGGCUGCUCUCAAGAAUCUUCUUGAGACGAUGGAGCGCCUCGACCUGGCGUCGGCAGCGUUCUGCGCGGCGCGUGGAGACGCCGCGUCCGCAGCCUAUUUGGCAGCGAGGUGCGCUGCGGUCCCGACUGUGGGCUAUGCAGCGGCUGGAGCGGACGAGGACGCUGGUUGCGGGGCUGAGCAGGCUGGGACUGUCGGCAGCAAGGAGAACGAUUCGGACGCCAACGUGGACGAGGUGGACCGAGCCACUGCGACUGGAGGGAGUACGAGCGCGGAGACUUCGACACCUACCACAGCUGCCGACGUCGCAUGGGAUGCCGACUCGAACGCAGAUGGCGGGCAAGGACCAGCCGCUGGUCAGGAACCGGCGAUUCCAGCUAUUCGAGGAAGCACACUGGCGCAGAACGAGGAGACCCUCGAACACUGGCUCACGGCUAACGUGGAAGGUGCCUCGACGAGCAAAGGCGUGAGUGGCGAUAGAGAUGACGUAGGAGCAGGUGUACCCGCCCAAGUUCUCGACGAUGUCGAGUUCGUCGAUAAACGGACCGGUGUCUGCUCCGGUGAGGCCGAAGAAUGUGCAGAAUGCUUAGAAGAGAAGGCCGUGGAAGGAGAACAGGAGGAAGAAGGCGACAAGGACUACUUGGAAAACGACAGAGUGGUGGAGGCAGAGAGCCUGGCAGAUGCAUUGGAAGGUGAAGCUAUGGACGUGUUGUGGGAAGAGGCUGCGAGCGAUGCCCGAGAACUAAGUACCGAAGGCGAUGAAGUAGCAGGGCCGCAAAGACGUGGUGCCUCUGUCGAAGCAAAGAACGGCACAGCAGAAGGUGCAGUGGCUACCGGCAAGAACGACGAGGGCAGCGACGAGAGCGACGACGACCACUCCCAACUCGACCGCAACCGAGACAACCACGCAAGAAGCCACGAGAACCAUGGUCAAGGAAGGCAAGACAUCCGCCAUCAAAGCAAAGGCAGCUGCUGCAAAGGCGGCCAAGGAAAGGCAGCGGUAAGGGCUCCGGCCAAGGCUCUGGGCAAUGCACCGGAAAAGGCGGUACCCACGGAGACCCAAACGACGGUGGUGAAAGGCCACAAAGACAAAAAUCGGCGUAGACUAUCAUCGCGAACUUUCACUUUUGAGGCGGGGAAUGUGUGGGGAUCGCGGAUAACAAUCCUCGCCCUCGCCUUCAGCGGCGGUGAUGGCAAGCAGCGACGAGCGCCACUGCGCAUGUGCCUCCAUGCGGGAAUGCUUUAUAAACCAGCACAGCGAGCGGCCCUGGGGGAGUGGCCGGCGAACUGCCGUGAGUUGCGUGGGUGUGCGCGGCGUGCGGUCCACUGGGGCCAAGGAUAG